AGAACAGUUGAUACCAACUUGGUAAAUUCAGAUCUUGGCAUGGAUCCAAAUCACAAUCCGGUAGAGCAGGACCCGGUGGAACUGGCGACAGCAGCGGCUAGAGACCUCAAUCUCAAUCUGGUUCAAGGAACAGCCCAGGAAAAUCGACUAUUUGAACAUGGUCAGAAUACAGAAGCUCCAGUUGAAGUUCAAGGCGCAGAGCCAAAUCAGGAAAUGAGCCAAGACGCAAAUCAAGGGUCGUUGGAAUCGGAACACAAAAAGGUGACGUUUCCUGGCCUCGAUGUCUAUUUUUCUCAGAUUGGUGAACUUUUCAAGGUGUCCGGAAUCUUAGAUGCACCUAUAGAACCAGCCCCACAGAAGAAGAAACCCAACCGAGUUCCGAAUUAUAAGUCCAAGAGGAAAAUUCAGAAGAAGAAAAAGAAUAUUCCAGUUCCGACUUAUACGCGGUCUGCUAGGCGAUCUACGAAGAGCCAACGUAAUCUUUGGCAAACUAAUGAUGUAUCUUCGACAUCUGAAGCAACUAGAAUUCAAGAGCCCAUAGACUGGAUCACGCUGUCGGAUUGUGAUCUCGAUGAUGACGUGCCAGGUGAAUCUGUGGCACCACUUGAGCUAGCUCAAAAUUGUGAUGAUGUGGUGGCCCCCAUCGCCGAACCAUCAUCCUCUUCAGCUAACCAUGAAGCAUCAUUGGAACCGCAGGAAGUGUCUCCGUUGCCAGAGGUUCAAGGUGAUCUAGAGAAAGAUGAUCAUGAUCAUCUGUUACCUGACGAUUCAGUUGAGCCACAGAAUGGGCCAACUUCACUGGAAGUUCAAGGUUGUGAGGCUGAAGAUGGCCAUGAUCAUGAGUUCUGUGUUAACUCGGUUGUGCCGCAGGAACCUUCACCGUCACCAGAAGUUCAAGAUGAUCAAACAGAAGAUGCUCAGCAAUUCUCAGUAUCUUCGGCUGUUCCUAUCGCCCCGUCUAUUGGAAAAGACGAUUCCCAACAUGAGAUGUCUGCGGAAGUUCAAUCAAUGGAGCCAGAAGUUCAAGCUGAUUUCGCUAAAGAUUUUCAUGAUCAUGUGAGCUGUGUCAACUCAGUUGUGCCGCAUGAACCGGUUAACUCACAAGAAGUUCAAGAUUAUGAAGCUGAGGAUGAUAAUGAUCUGUCCGCCCAAUCAGUUGCACCCGUCGCCGAAUCGUUUUCAUCUGCAACAACCUCUGAGCCACAGGAAAUUGUAGAAAUUCAGGAGCAUCAUGCUGCUCACCAACUCCCAGCAGUUUCCGUUGCCACCUUUGCCGAAACGUCUGAUAAUAAAGCAACUGAUGAGAUGUCUAUGGAAGCUCCAGAUGAUCACCAAUUCUCCAUCCACUGGGUUUCUAACUUUGAAGAAAUAUCUUUCUCCCCAGACGGCUAUAAUUCACUCAUGGAUCCGCUGGAAACCUCUCAGUCACCAGAGGUUCGAGAUUAUGUAAAUGAAGAUGGUCAUGAUUUCUGUGACAGCUUAAUUAAGCCAAAGGAACUGUCACAGUCGACAAAAGUUCGAGAAGCUCAAGCUGAAGAUGCUGCACCAUCAGUUUCUCCUAAUUAUGAAGCAUCUCUUGCAAGUGACGAAGCACUUUGUGAGAUUGUUGUGGAAGUUCAAGAAGAUCGCCAAUUCUCAUCUUCUCCAGCUAGCCAUGAUGCGCCAAUAGAGCAGCAGGAAACCUCUCAGUCACCAGAAAAUCAAUAUGAUAUAGAUGAAGAAGCUCACCACCUCUCAACUCAAUCAGUUGCUCCCGUUAAAGCGUUUCUUGCAAAUGACGAAACACCACAUGAGAUAUCUGCGGAAGUUCAUGACAAUCACCAAGUGGAGUCACCGGAACCGUCACCUUCACCAGACGUUCAAAAUGGUCAAGCUGAAAUUGAACAACAAUAUUCUGCAGACUCAGCCGAACCUCCAUUGUCUGAGUCACUGAAAAUGGCGCCGGUAGUUGAAGGUCGAGCUGCUCAACAACUAUCAACAGUUUCAGAUAUCCCAAUCGCCAAACCAAUUCCCGUUAAACUUUCCACUGAAACACUUUUGAGGCAACAAGGAAUUCCAUUGAAUUUUCCAGUCCAUUCAAUAUUCCCGACAACUUUCCAUGAAGCGUUAUUAAAUACUUGUGCUGGACAACCAGAAAAUCAAGUCGAAAAGCAAAAUUUCUCUUUCCAAGCAGUUCCUGAAAUGCCAUCGUCAGCUGAAGUUCAAGGAUCUCAAUCCGGUCACCAAUUUUUCGCCCAUCCAGUUGCCGAACCGGCAAUUUCUGCAUUUGUUUAUAAUAUCUAUGCACAACAGAUGACUCAAUUCAAAAAUCUGGCAAUUAAUAAUAUCCCGGGAUACUCAGGUGCUCCCGUUGCCAAACCGUCUUCCUAUGCAACCGCUAAUAAUAAUAUAUUUUUGGAGCAUCAGCUGGCUCAGCAGAAUACUCAUCAAAUCUCAGGAAGUCUAGUUGGUCCACUUGUCGGACCACCUUUCUCUGCAACUGCAAAUGAUGCCAUGCCUGAGAAUCAACCUGCCGCUCAACAAAAUUUAUUUUCCCAUCCCUAUGCACUCUUGGAGCAACCUCCUCAAAAGUAUCAAAAUCUUGAACAACAAUUAGUCCGCCCAGUUAUUCUUUCCACCCAAAACUUGUUGUUUAAACCCUUUCAACCUCUAAAUAAUGAUCAAACACUGAUUAAUCAACAAAUCGUCAAUCUGCCCAAUUUUCCGAAGUUGUUACAAGUUGCGGUUGAACAUUUUGACCCGGGAUCAGCAAGCCUAUCUUUUGUGAAAAAGUUCUUUGUCAAGAUUGAAACAUCAGAAAGCCGAAAAGAAAAUUUUCAGCUUAUUCUGGAAUUCGGUCAAACAAGAAGCUCACCUCCGUCUCAAGUACCUUACAUCCCCAAUAGCUCAGUUUUUGUUUAUAUGCAUCGUGAAUUUAACACGGCUUCGAGUUGUCAAGAAUAUCGGACCCAAUACUUUUUUAUAGCCGGACAGCGCAUCCUUUUUUGUUUUGACGUGGAACUCCAACCAUUAAACUGGCGGUUUGACCGAUGGAAAGUUGAUAGUAGUGGGCGUGGUGCCCAGAUCAGCCUUCACACUUGCGAUACAAUUAAUUUUAUGGGACCAGCUUUUCCUAAAACAGGAUACCACACGAUUCGAAUAACAAAAGAUAUGAUUUAUAAUUUUCAAAAAGAAUUUACGUACAUUUUCCCUGAAUGCCAAAUUGCUGGAAAUCGGUCCACGACACCUGAGGAGCAGGGAGAGCAAUCUUCCGGUCCCACAAUUUCAAGCGAUGGAAAUGAAGCUCAGCUCAUUCCCAACAGCGCGACGAGCUCUGAAGGCUCAACCAGCUCAGUGAGCCCCGCCGACGCAGCCUUCCCGCCAGAGUCCACACCAUUUGAUCAUAAAAUCCAGACUAUACCUUUGCUCCUGAGUCAGUUUUCAACACAAGGAAGCAGCUCUUUCGAACCACGUCGAGGGGUCUCUAGUGCUCCAGAUCAUGCCACGAGUUCUCGUUACUGUCACAAGUUUGGCAGACCUGAUGCUCCUGGCCCAUCCACUCUCAAGCGUCAAAGCAAAACUUCACCUGUCAAAGCUAAAAGAAAGAAGAACCUUCCAAACGGACCACAUCCAUUGACUCCAGGGACUCUGGAGUAUAACCAAAGAUAUGCUGAAGCGUUGGCCAAUCACGCCACCUGUGAUGCCAACAACAACCCGUUUAUUACCAUCCAUACUUGCCUCUUCAGUCCCACGUCAGAACAGCCGCUUCCGCAAUUGGUUAGGUGCCCCUGUAAUGCGUUCACUCUUUUUACUAGUUACAUUAGUAAAAAACGAUUUGUGGAGGGGGAGCAGAUACCUGAAUGGGACGCGAUCAAAAGGGAAAAUGGCGCUAAAUUCAAGGCUUGGAAUCGUAUGCGAGAAAUUUUAAAUGAAGAGUUUAUGAGUCAAAUUAAAAAGGGUUAUGUAAGAAUUGAUGAAGAGAAGCACCAGCAACCGGGUGGCAAAAAAAAAAAUUAAAUAGUAAUUGAUUAUGUUUGUUUGUUUUGUAUUUGUUUUUCUGUUUGUUUUUCUGUUUUUUUUUCUUCUAAAUAACGGGUUCAAAACAAAGAAAAUUCCCCGCUGAACUACCUCUAUUUUUUAGAGAAUGUUUUUGUUUUUUUGUUUAUACUUUUUACUUUUACUUUUUCUAUCUGAAUUGUAUUAUAGUUUAGAUCGUUUUUAUUAAAACAUUUUUAAUAAACUGAUUUUUGUUU